UCGACAGUGAGUGCAAAGUUUAUCAAGAAAUUAUUCAGUUCUCAUUAGCUCUGAUGAAUCGAAGGUCUUUAGCACCAAUUACCAAAUCACUUGCAAGCAAGUCGAAAUUGAUACAAAAAGGUGAUGAGGCCAACUGUGAAUUUUUGGUGGGACCAGACGGAAGAACGAAAGUGAAAAUUUUCGCAUUGAAAUUGGAUCUUUGUGCGGCAAGUGAAAUUUUCAGAAACAUGCUGAAAAGUCCUCUUACGCCACCGUCAGGGCCGAUUGAAAUCAAGACUGAACCAAAAAUUUUCACUUGUUUGAUGCAGUUUAUCCACACCGGAGCCAUCUUGGAAAAUUUGGAUGGCAAGCUUGAUGAUAUAAUCGAGCUAGGCCAGACUUCUGACAUGUACAUGUCAUGGUACAUGGUAGAUCCAUUGACGAAACUUAUGGCUGAAAUGCUUCAAAGCCAUGUCAAUACGAAUAAUGUGGUAAAAGUGCUUAACCAGGUAUGCCGUAUCAAAGCUUUGGCGUCUGCUUGUGACAAGACUAUCCGUGUUGCUUGUGUCAAUAGCAAAUUAAUAUCGGCAAUGAGCCUAGGAAGCCUCGAGUAUUUUGUAAAAGUGGAUGAAAUCAACGUUUCUGACGAGUUUGAGCUUGUCGACGCUUUUAAUAAGUUGGAACGCACCAUCAGGAAAAAAGUUUUUACAACCGUCUUGCCACACAUACAGGUUCUUCUCUUAAAUGCAGAACAGCUUCGUCAAUUAUCUGCGCAUCUGACAGAGGAAGAAAUGAAUGUUUUGGCAAAACGGCUGGUUUUCAACGUGGAACCCAAAGAAUUACCAAGAAGAAUUUGUCCCAUCAAGAUACCGAGACGAUCAACUCAAUCGCCAUUGACUGGCUACACCUUGGACCUAAAUGGAGAGAAGAAUUUUCAUUUGUAAUUAAUCAACUUUUAAACUUCAGCCAUACGUCAAAAUUCUACGACAGCAGCCACCACAAAGUUUUGCUUAAAGUAGGUACAACACAAUUUGAGCUUCUUGGUGAAGCUAAGACGGCGUACAACUCAAGGGUAAUGCGCACCUUCUCAGAGCCUGUGAUUGUGGCAAGGGGGGAUUCCUGCAAACUGAUUUUUGAAAUUUCAGAAGGAGAUGCAGUAUUUUAUAGAUUUGUCCCAAAGUCAGCCCUUAUCAAUCCUGAUUCUAAACUUUUAACUGAUUUCUCAAUUGAUGCUGUAAACUUUGGGAACAGCUUCAGUUCAGUAUCAUUAAAUGCCUACAUCACUCCUCUUCAAGAGCCAGACACUAAAGAUCGCUGUAUUUGCAUAUUGUCAAAAAUAUUUUAUUCAGAGAUUUUCUAAUAGAACAACAUCAAGUACUCUUAUGUUACUGAUUUCUCAAGUACCAUUUAAUGAUAUAUGAAAUAAUUAUCACACAAUAUAAUUUUAUUAUUAAUUAUUUUAUUACAAUAAUCUUAUGGUUCAAUUUGUUUUUCUAUCAAU